AAUUUUCGUUGGGUGCUUCGCCUGGCCUACGAAUGAUAAAAAUACUAAUUCUAAGCGCCUGAUAAUUUAAAACAGCAAAUUUAAACAAUAAAAAUUCAGGCAAGGCAAGAAAUUUUUUUUUUCAUUCUAUCUCCAACAUCUCAGCAAUGCUGCAUUUUCAAGGACAAAUCUAUCAGUAGUCAGUUGGCUGCCAGCAGCCGAGCGAGACACACGAUGGUAUCGCUAUGACGGCACAACGCGAUCGUCGCGACGACAAUGUCGAAUUGUUACCUUUAAAAUCUAUGCUAGUGAAUAAUAAUUACAGGGAAGAUGAAGUGUACUAUCCUCCGGCUCCAGCCCUUAAUAAUAAUCCGUCGAGUUCUAAUCUUAACGACUAUACGCUCCUGUCGAAACGCACGCCGGCCUCAAAGCGGCUUUUAUCAAGAAAUGCUCAGCCGUCGACGAUGCCACCACUGUUGACACUGUGUGGUGCUCCUCCGCCUUCUAGAAAACGGGAGGAGUUAGCAGCUCUUGCUAAUUUGAGGAAAAAAGUGGCUCCUGCACUCUUACAUCAUGAUAGGAGGCCAAUAAAAAACAACAACGACCCUGCAGAUAAUGAAACCGAGCCGCUUGAUAACCGACCCAAAUUGUUACAAAAGGUACUACGAACAAGGCCUGUCAGCAUGGUGGUGCAGUGGAGUGAGGUGAGGACAGCGUGGCAGGACAGCGAUUUUAUUACGGAAUGUCUGUGCUGGCAUAACGUCUACCGACAGAGGCAUGGAGCUCCCCAAUUGUAUAUGGCACCUGAGUUGUGUGACUAUGCCCAGGCUUGGGCAAACCAUCUGGCACACACCAACAAGUUUCACUACAGGAACGACAGAGAUGUCGGACAAAACCUCUACCAGCGACCUGUGAGCGAUAUACAACCAGAUAUUACAGGGCAAGAAGUGUCAUCAUAUUGGUACGCAGCGGUGCGUCAAUACAGGUUUUUCAAAGAGCCAGAUGUUCUCCAUGCUAAUGUUAAUGCUGGUCACUUUACCCAAAUGGUGUGGAUAUCGACUCGCUACUUUGGUGUCGGAAAAGCGCGUUCUCGCGCUGGAAAAGUAAUAGUGGUGGCUAACUAUUCACCACCUGGCAAUAGUUCAGGCCAAUUCGAGACCAAUGUGCUUCCACCGCUUCCGGACAACACUCCCGAAUUACCCCCGGAACAGUGACGAAGGUUCUCCAUACGUGGUAGGAGACUUAGGAUCGACGCCACGAUGAAUAGAUAAGGAGUAUCCUAGAGAAGGCCUAAAGAAAGCAUUAUUAUUAUACUUAUGUGUUGAAACUGCUUCAUUUGAUAUACUGGUACAUUCAUUAUUCUUGUCUUGACGAAAAUAGUUGUUCCGGAAAGCCAUUUCAG